UCUUGCGCCCUCUGCCUUCCCAGGAUGCAUUGCGAGAUCUGCAGUAUAUUAUUGACAAAGAAAAAGGCUGGUGAGAAACAACAGCAGGGUGGGAGCUGAAGCCCAAACACAAGUGAUAACAUUAAAGAUAUACGAGCCAGUGCGUUGUUAACAAGUUCCUUGUUUUGGCUCUGAGGCAAUGAUUGAGGACAAGCGCCACUUCCACCUACAGGGAGUUUACACAGCUUGAUAGUUUGUGGAAAGAGGGGUGGGGGGGCCCAGGCAGACUGUGGACGGGGAAGGGGAAGAGCUCAGCUGGAGCCAAUGCAGCAGCAGCAUCGACAGCCUGAGCUGGUGGAAGGAAGCCUUCCCGUGUUCGUGUUCCCCACUGAGCUCGUCUUCUAUGCAGAUGAGCAGACGUCUCACAAGCAGGUGCUCACCCUCUACAAUCCAUAUGAGUUCGCGCUCAAGUUCAAAGUGCUGUGCACAGCGCCAAACAAGUACACUGUGGUUGAUUCCACCGGAGCUGUCAAGCCACAGUGUUGUGUUGACAUAGUAAUCAGACACAGAGAUGUCCGGGCAUGUCAUUACGGGGUGUACGACAAGUUCCGUCUACAGGUGUCCGAGCAGAGUCAACGGAAAGCUUUGGGUCGCAAAGAGGUGACAGCCACACUUCGGCCCUCUGCCUCACAGGAGCCACCCAGCCCUCGACCCCAUGAUGAAGAACGCAGACUCAAAGAGCAGUUUACAGAUAGCGAGUUUUUUGAACAGACUGCAUUUCAGACAGAGAGCAGACCUGUUGCUGGAGGCCCGAGUCUGCUGACAGUGCUGCUUGGCCUGGUAUGUAUGGCUGCUCUGAUGCUCCCCACCUUAGGGGAGCAAGAAUCUACUGUGCCUGUCUACCUCCACUUAAGUGUUAACAAGAAACUUGUAGCUGCUUAUGUUCUCGGUCUUCUUACGAUGGUCAUCUUACGCACAUGAAACGCUGUGAGCCAAGAGAAGGAUGGAAAACGAUAGAAAGGCGAAGAGAACACUCACACCAGAGGCACUACUCUGCAAUGAGUACAGCUGACAGUAGUGGGAUAGGGUUCUUGUUCAGUUUUUACCUUCCCACAAAAACUUAUUUUUUAGUAUAUUUUAAUCCACUUAUUUGUGUUGCUCUAUACACGUUACUUACUGACCUGUUACAAACAAGAGAACUUUGAGUGUAGCUCAAAGGAUUGGCAGUGUGAGAGGAGCUGACUCUGAGCAGGGCCUGUGAAGAAACAUGAGGCCACUGAAAGUGUAUUUUGGCCUUGUAUACUCUGUCUGUAUUUUUCAGUUGCCAUUAUGUAACAGAAUAUGGUUAACCUGAGUGUGAAGGAAUCUACAUGCAAACAUGAUACAUGUACAUAAAGCCAUUAAACUUUUGUUACGAUAUUCACCUGUAACCAUCCCUA